AUUCUUGAAAUCGUGUCCAGGUGAGCACCAGAAACAAGUGGCCAUGCUGACGUGUGAGUUCUGUGGCGAGGAAUUGGUGUUGGAGGAGGACAUGAAGACCCAUCUCCUCCUGAGCCACCCGGAGAACAACAUGGGCUGCCCCCUCUGUUCCUGGUCCGGAGUCGCCUACGACAAACUCAGCUUCCACAUCAAUACCACACACAAAGAGAAACAGGACCAUGAUGGAGGAGGAGCAGAGGGUAGAGGUGGUCACAGGCCCAGCUCAAGUCCUACUCCCACUACCACCAUAGUGGACAGUCACUGCAAACAAACCAUUGGUUUGUCUAGGUCUGAGGGUUCUGAAGCAGGAGUAGCCAAUGGGAACAGGUUUGACACCAUUGGAGGGGGGGUCUCACCCAGGACAUCCAACAUCCAACUGGAGUCUGAGCAAAUUACUGUAACCACCCCAGCUUUUAGUAGGGGGGAGUCCGGUGGAGGGCGAGCAGUGGCCAUUGUUGAACCCCCCUCUUCAGUGUCUACAGGCUUUCUGAGAUCAGCUCAGGACUCCAGUAGGCCUAGUAGCAGACACUGUAAUGCUGAGGAGUCUGUGGGAGUGGGAUCCGCAGAGCACACCAAAGUCAAACAGAAGCGUUUCUCCUCCCCACUUAAAGGUUUAUUUUAGUGUGUCUGAAAUGUGUUUGUUUAUUCAACAUGUUGUUACAUCUUUACUGGUUUGUUGUACUGACUGACAGUUGGUUUUGUUGUACUGACUGACAUUAGUUGGUUUUGUCGUACUGACUGACAUUAGUUGGUUUUGUCGUACUGACUGACAUUAGUUGGUUUUGUCGUACUGACUGACAUUAGUUGGUUUUGUCGUACUGACUGACAUUAGUUGGUUUUGUCGUACUGACUGACAUUAGUUGGUUUUGUCGUACUGGGUUUGUCGUUAGCUGGUUGUUUAUACUGACAGAUAUAUAUUGUCCUACUGACUGAUUAGUUGGUUUGUCGUACUGGGUUUGUCGUACGGACUGUUGUUAGCUGGUUGUUUAUACUGACAGAUAUGGUUUGUCGUACGGACUGAUAUUUGUCGUACUGACUGACAUUAGUUGGUUUUGUCGUACUGACUGACAUUAGUUGGUUUUGUCGUACUGACUGACAUUUGUAGGUUUUGUCGUACUGUCUGAUAUUAGUUGUUUUUUUUGUAUUUUGACUGAUAUGAUUUUGUUUGUCAUACUGACUAUUAGUGGGAUUGAUUGUCUAUUGAUGAAUUGUCAAUGCAUCCCAUUAACAGUCCAUGCUGUCUGGCACUCGCGGGCUCUGCCUCGCUUUAAUCAGUCGUCGAUUGCAUCACUAUUUUGUAAACCUCAUCAGUCAGUACAAAAAACGGACUAAUAUUAGGCCUAGUUGGUUUGUUGUACCGAAGCGGAAGAGAGAGGCCCAACUCAUCAGAAAAUCUCUCCCUCCGUCAGGUGUUGUUUUCUGUUGUUUCGCCCACAAAGCAAGAGAGUGUUGAAUUUAGCCAACAAUAAAAUGAAUGGCUUAUUUGCUACGUGAGGUUUAUUUAUAAUAGAUGUUUCGUUAUGCUUAAGUUAUGAGUGUACUGAUAUAAGUAGGACACAUGACAUCAUUGUCACUUGAGAACACUAUCUCGGAGAUGGCAAUGCAUAUUCAUGGAGUGAGGCUAGGAGCAUCUCUCUCCAUUGAAUACAGGCGGUUAACGUCACAACCCUCAUCGAAUAUUCAAAAAGGAUUACAAUAAUCCACCAAUCCAAAGCAAAGAUAGGCAGGAGCUAGUCAGUCUGCCUUGCCGCUUUGUGGACAACAACUCCCAUCGUUAGGGCGGGGAGACAUGUAUCUUGUCAGUAUAUCCAUAAUCUUUGGUUGUACUGACUGAUAUCUGUUGGUUUGAGUAGAGUAGUACUUUAUUGAUCCUAACUUGGGAAAUAGUUUUCACUCAGCAUCACUAAUAAAUUACAAAGACAAUGACAAACACAUGAUAAAAAUGCAUAAUAAGACACCUAAGAAGGCACCUGCAUGUUGAUAGCCAUAAAAGAUGGAGACAAGUUUAACAUAAAUACUGUUGUCUAUCCUACUGCUGGGAAACAAGCAAUAACAACAUUCCUAUUAAGAAGGCACCAUAAAUGAGUCAUUUACACUCGUUAAAAAGCCUCAUGGCUGUGGGUUAAAAUGGCCUUCUGAACUGCUCUGUGGAGCUUCUGGCCAGGAUGAACCUGCUACCAAAGCUGCUCCUGUGCGGCAUUCAAGUGCUGUGUGGAGUGGGUUGUAAAACUCCUCGCUAUGGAUUGAAUUAGUCUUGUCAUCAUCCUGUGUCUCAUUGUUAUGUAUUGUGUGUCUGUUGUCGUAGAGAAGCGGUUUUCCUGUCCUAUGUGUACUCUGGUCUGCACCGACGCCUUCAUCCUACAGGAACAUGUUGAAUUGCACUUGCUAGAAGAGAGCCCAGCUGAAGAGGCUGUCCUGGGGGCCACAUCAUCAACCGAGGCAGCAUCAUCCAGCAACAGCUCAGGUGGGAAGAGUUAUGAGUGUCCCCUGUGUUCUGUGGUGUGUGGAGACUGCUACUCCCUACAGGAACAUGUGGAGCUGCAUCUUGACUAUGGCACAGCCACUAGUGCAGUGAGCCCUGGCUCAGACCUGAGGCUGGCCAGACGGCUGCAGGAGGAGGAGAAGCAGAGGAGGAAGGAGCAGGAGGCCAAGCAGGAGGCAGAGGAGUUCAAGAAGCUGCAGAGGCAGUUUGGUGUGGAUGGGAGGGGGGGCUACCGCAAACAGAUGGAGAGGACCAUGGAGAAAGCCGUGUCUCGAGGUGUCAUGGUGCCUGCUGACUUCCACAACAAGAGAGCUGAGAUGAUGGAGGCUCUGGCCUCAGGGGUCGACGAUGGCAGGACCAGAACGCAGGGUGUGCUGGGUGCUCUGGAUGCUUACUACCAGAGGGAGGCCAGAGACUGUGUCCAUGUGUGGCUGAGUGCUGACACAGACCACUACUGCUCAUCAGAGGGGGAUAAGGGCUGGGGAUGUGGCUACAGAAACUUCCAGAUGCUCCUGUCUUCUCUGCAAAGAAUGGCGCCCUAUACUACCUGUCUCUCAGAGGGGUCAGUACCCAGCAUCCCCCGGGUGCAGGUGUUGAUAGAGGGGGCGUGGCGGGAGGGGUUAGACCCACAGGGCGCCACCCACUUUAACCAGCGACUACAGGGCACACGGGCCUGGAUAGGAGCUACGGAGAUCUACGCUCUCUGCACCUCCCUCAGAGUCAGUGCCCGUGUUUUAGACUUCCACCAGCCCACGGGCCCAGGGGACACCCACCCCCGCCUCUUUGACUGGGUGAAGCAGUACUUCUCUCAGACUGCCACCAGAGGCGCCAGACUACUGCCCCGGGUGGUGCAGACCACACAGCCGCCCCUCUACCUCCAGCACCAAGGCCAUAGCCGCUCUAUAGUAGGAGUGGAACAGAAGAAGAAUGGCAGCCUGUGCCUGUUGCUCCUGGACCCUGGCUGUACACCAGGAGAUGUGAGGAAACUGCUGAGCCAAGAUGGCUCCACUGUUAGCAAAGCUGUCUACCGCAUGAGGAAGUUCCCUGGCAACCUGAAACAUAGGCAGUACCAGGUGGUGGCUGUAGAGGGCGUGCUCUCCCCCGUGGAGAAACAGACCCGCAUUCUCAACUCAAGAACACUGCGAGCCGAGAGGAUCCCUUGAUGCUGGAAUACAGUUUUGUAAAUGUAUAACUGCCAAAAACAUUUCAUGUUGAAUUUUCUUUGACAUUUUAUUAAGGUAAUAAAUGAUGUAUUUUAA